AUGGAUAACGUGGAAAAUUCGGCAUGUUCAACUAAUCUUCGACCCAUUUUCACUCCCUUUCUUUUUAACAUCCUUAGCCUUUACAUGUCAAAUAUUUGGUGCACUUUCGAGAUUUGCGUGAUAUCCGGUGUUGUCCACGCAUUUCUUUCUUCGGACAAAAAGUGGGAACACAUCACCAAUUGCAUUUUGCAGACCAUCAUCGCUGCAAUUUGGCGAUACAUACCACCGCUGCAAUUAAGCGAUAGAAAUUGUGCCGCGCCAGAAUCAACGUCACACGUUACGACACAGAGGAAGGAGCGCUGCAACAGCCAACCAUCAUAUCCUGCCACAACCGACGAGGCGAGGGAGAAAAGGCGAGUACUCGCUCGGGCGUUCUUUUAUAUCGGGUUGUCGCGUCCGCUGCAACACUACGCGCCGCCCUUCAACACUACAGGACUGCAUUUUGGCUGCUUGCCAAAGCGCAGUAAUGCCAUGAAUUGA